AUGGCUUCUCCUCAAAAAAUCCGUACCACCCUCACUGAUCUGCUCAAGAUCGAACACCCAGUCCUGCUGGCAGGUAUGAACGUGGCCGCCGGUCCUAAGUUGGCCGCUGCGGUCACCAAUGCUGGUGGUUUGGGUGUCAUCGGUGGUAUGGGGUACAGCCCCGAAAUGCUCCGUGAACAGAUUGCAGAACUCAAGAGCUUUUUGAAUGACAAGAACGCCCCAUUCGGUGUUGACCUUCUGCUUCCCCAGGUCGGAGGAAACGCACGCAAGACCAACUACGACUACACCAAGGGCAAGCUGAAUGAGCUUGUUGACAUUAUCAUCGAAAGCGGUACCCGACUCUUCGUGUCUGCUGUCGGUGUUGCUCCCAAGGAGGUCGUCGACCGACUCCACGGCGCCGGGGUUCUGUACAUGAACAUGAUUGGCCACCCCAAGCAUGUUCAGAAAGCCCUUGAUGCCGGCGCAGACAUCAUCUGCGCACAGGGUGGUGAGGGUGGCGGACAUACCGGUAAUGUCCCCACUACCGUUCUCAUCCCCACGGUUGCCAAGCUCUGCCAGGGCAGGAAGAGCCCUUUGACCGGCAAGCCCGUGCAAGUUGUUGCUGCAGGAGGUCUUUUCAACGGAAACUCGGUUGCUGCCGCUCUCAUGCUUGGAGCUUCCGGCGUGUGGAUUGGUACUCGCUUCAUUCUGGCGGAUGAGGCCGGUGCUCCUGAGGCUCACCAGGAGGCUGUUCGCACUGCUGGAUUCGAAGAUAACAUUCGCACCAUCAUCUUCACUGGUCGUCCGCUCCGUGUCCGCAACAACGCGUACAUCAAGAACUGGGAGGAGAACCGCCGAGACGAGAUCAAGCAGCUGACCUCCAAGGGAAUCAUCCCUGUUGAGCACGAUAUGGAAAACCUGCCUGACGAUGUUGACGACGACACUUUGGACAAUGCCCGUCCAUUCCUGAUGGGCAAGGUAGCUGCCGUGGUGUCAGAGAAGAAGUCUGCCAAGGCCAUUGUUGACGAACUUGUGACAGAUGCCGCUGCUCUACUGCAGGAUGGCCACAAGAUGCUUGCUAAGCUGUAA